AUGUUAAAUGUUAGCAAUUGUAAAGUGUCUUCCUCUGACGUCAAACGGCCUGAGAACGUAGCCUACAACCGAUCUGCGAGUCAGAGCGGGGUGUACGUCGACACCUCGGACUGUGUCCGCGACGCCCCGGAUGUGCAGAGGUUCUGUGGGGCGCAUGGGGCGCAGCUUGCCGUGGACGGAAGUGACGACACCGACUAUUGGCAUGGAUCAUGCGCAGUGACAGACACAAGUAACCAAUCAGCUUGGUGGAGACUAGAUCUCGGCGCCACCUAUAACAUCAGCAGCCUGCAGAUAUACCAAGCUAACCAGGUUCCUCUGCCACCGCGUUAUAUCGAGGUGUUUGUGGACGGACAAGAAUGUUACAACGUCACCGGAAGUGACAUCAGCAGCACGAUCAUUCACGUCACCUGUCACCAGACGUUGUCGGGCUCCACGUUGACGCUGCGGACGUCGUCUGUCGACACUGCUCCGUCCCUGACGUUGUGCGAAGUCAAGAUAUUCCAGUGUAGUGACUUCUGGUUCGGCAGCCAGUGUCAGUAUAGGUGCCACUGUAAGGACAAACUGGAGGUGUGCGAUAAACACUCUGGCGCAUGCGCAAGUCAGUGUGCGGAAGCAUGGACCGGCACAGGUUGCCAGGACCACAACAUCGCCUUGAACCAGUCCGCGCACCAGGAGGGAACAUGGAGUGACGCCGGCAACUGCACGGCGACAUCAACGACCUACUGCGGCCCCAGACCGGCGUCACUGGCAGUAGAUGGCAGCACUGACCAGAACUUCCAGCACGGAUCUUGUUCCCAGACUGCACUUGGGCGACCCGUCACUUCCUGGGACCUCAGUUUGGGAAGUCUACAUCAGAUCUACAGGAUGAAAAUAUACUUUCCUCAAAAAGACGGCUUCUCCACGGCGGGUCUCCAAGUAACAGUGAACGGUGCAGUGUGCUACGUCUCCAACACUUCUCUCCCCACCAUCGCCGACAUCACCUGCCGCCAACCUCUGAAUGGGGUGUUCGUGUCGAUCAACCUGCCCCCCUUCCCGACCAGCCCCGGGGUGACCAGCAGCCCUGGUGCCCGAGUCCUCGCUCUCUGCGAGGUGCUGAUUUAUGAAUGUGAUGACUUCUGGUUCGGGAGCAAUUGUAGUCAACUGUGCAGAUGCCAGAACACGUCGGAAGUCUGUGACAAGAUGACUGGGGAGUGUCCUCGUACUGGCUGCAGCGCCGGGUGGAUGGGGACGGGCUGUCAGACCGUCUGCCCUAGCUCUACGUUCGGACUCAACUGUUCCUCCAACUGCGGCAAGUGCGCCGACAACUCUGUCUGUGAUCACGUGACCGGGGCAUGUCCAGGAUCCUGUGCAGCUGGUUUUGCUGGCGAGGGCUGCUCUGAAUGCCUCACUGGCAUGUAUGGCGUGAACUGUGAUCAGUCAUGUCCUGGUUGCCCUGGAAACGGUUCCUGCAACCGCAACAACGGCACCUGUUCCACACCUUGUCCCGCUCAUUACACUGGAGCCAGAUGUGACCGUUGCCAUGACGACUGGUACGGCUCCAGUUGUCAGCUUCCUUGUGGAGAGUGCCGAAACGACGGCCCCUGCAACACGACGACCGGCCUCUGCCCUGACGGCUGCGACCCCGGAUGGCAGGGGGCGCUGUGUAAACAAGAGUGUCCCGACGGCCGGUACGGCAUGGACUGCAGUGAAGUGUGUGGACACUGCGUGGACCCCGCCCCUUGUGACAAGCUGACCGGCUUUUGUCUGGACGAGUGUGCCCUUGGCUGGAGUGGAGAUUUAUGUGACAAACAACAACCGACAACACGGUCCCACCAACAACCAACACCACCCUCCUCGACGACGGUAACAUUUACUCACACAGCAGCUACAACAAAGACACCAGCAACAACAUUAUCAACGUCAUCACCGGCAACAUCGCUACAUAGUACCAGAGCGAGGGAACCUGACAAGACGUCCCAAGGCCAUCCACCAACAUCUCACAGACCCACCCAGCAUAAGACUGACCGGCAUCCAACACAAGGGCCAACAUCUCACAGACCCACCCAGCAUAAGACUGACCGGUAUCCAACACAAGGGCCAACAUCUCACGGACACUCCAGGACUGGCAAGUCAGAUCACCAAUCAAAAAAUCAGCUCUCGGAAGGUGCUGUGGCCGCCAUUGUAGUCUCGUGUGUUCUCGCCUUGUGCAUCGUGUUGCACUCUUUCAUCUUCAUCAGAUAUUCCAGACGGCGGCCCUGCCACUGGCUUCGGGGACGACGGAAACAUACAUACGGACGAGAUCGGAUAGAGAGCCCCGAGGACUUCGACUUCACGUCAGGCACGGAACUCCCGAAGUAUGGACCAGCGUUAUUCCCCGACACCAAGGAGAAGUCGGGAACAGGGGGCAUCAGCAACCCAAACUACAUCCCGGACACAGUCUCUCCCGAUGUCUGAGAACCUAGUUGUCAGUUGUCUGAGGCGUCACAAAACUCUUUCCGGGGAUCGUCUCCUAGACGGAAUUAUAUCCAGGGAUUGUACUACUCUAGGUUCCCCUCCAACGUAACGCUUGCGAAAUAGUUGAAAACCUUUUAAAAGGGAGGUUACCCCCAACGUGUUCACACUGACCUCGACUCAUUUACUUCAUCAAAUAUAUCAUCAUUGUAUUAAAGGCUCGGCACUUUGUAGCGACGGAUUUGUGGGUUUUUUUAUUAAAAUUUUAGCUGUCAAUUUUUAUGUUGAUAAAACAGUUUUCGGGUUCGAUUCCCAGAUGGGUACGAUGUGCAAACCCACUGACCUGCAUGUCAUGUUCACAGCCAUCUAUGAAAGUGUCUGUCUCCGAUUGUGACACAAACUUUAUUUAAAUGAACAAAUCCCCAUAUCGCCUCAUCACCAGGGCGACGGUUGGUUAGCUUAGUGGUGAAAGCGUUCGCUCGCCAUACAGCAGACCCGGGUUUGAUUUCCCCACAUGUGUGAAGCCCAUUUGUGGAGUCUCCCGCCGUGAUAUUGCUGGAAUAUUGCUAAAAGCGGCAUAAAACUAACCUCAGGCAUGACCAGUGAAUCGUCUCCAGAUACGUUUUGUAUAUGUGUUCUCCAUAUAUUUUUACUGAUAUUUUCAUGUUUUUUAUUUUCAGAGCAUCUUAAGUUAGCGUUAUUGUAUCCCAAACAUGAACUGUACCGGCAUUUCGUCAGCACAUAAAAAUACAUCUACAUGA